GAAUGUAUACUGUCAAGUUGUUGUCACCAGACUCCUCCCAUGGCUCCCCCCCUCCAUUCUGCUGCCCAAACCAGGCGUUGAUCGCCCUGUCAUUCUCUGCUUUUCCAUCGUGCCAAUAGAACGAGCAUCUGCUGUGCAGUGUACUCGUCACCUAGUUGAUCGUGGCAAUCCUUGAUACUACUGUUAGCCAGGAAUAACCUGGAGAAAUGAAUAAGAGGCACUAGAAAAAAGACUCCUUCGUUUAUGGCGCCCUGGCGCCCUUCACAUGCCCCCCCCCAGACGAUCACUUCACAUGGGCCCAGUGAUCACCACCCUUGCAUCACCACCACAGCCUUCCUCGCCUUCUUCUCCUUUCUCACUUUGUUGUCCUCCCUCGCCAGGUCAUGACGUUGUGGUCGUGGAGACUGGAAUGUUGGACAGCUUGUCGAAUACAAAGACCAUCUACAACACCCUCACCGUGACUGAGCUUGCGCUGCGCAGCACUACCGAUCCCACAGCCAAACCGUCGUCCGCUAUCAUGACUCCCCCCUCCCCUUCGAUUCCUAGUGAUGGCUCGCCGAGGCAGCUACGCAGUCGGCCGGCGUCCAGACGCAAACAUGUCCCGUCUCGCGAGUCGUCCAGCUCGACCACCCGAAGCCGCCAGACCCCUCAGCAGACGCACCACCACCGCCGCGUGGCGACUGCCUCGUCGAUUGUUUCGCCCGCACAUGCACACUCCCAUCGUCGAAGCGAGGGAGCUGUAUCGCAGAAGCAGCGGCGGGAGGAUUUGCUUGCCCUUCAUCGGGAAUCUUGCCGUCUGUUUCAAGAAGAUUCUCAUAAGAUCACACCUACUACGAUGAGCUCGCCUACGGGUGCCAAAUUCCCCCGUGCUCCAAGUACUAUCACCCACGACGAGGGCAGCCGCACUCCGUCCGAACUGGGGUCUCCGUCGUCGUCUCCUCUGCUGCGUGCUCAGCGGCUCCCGCCGCCCCCGUCUAUAACUGAACAGUCGCCCGCCCUCGAGUAUGACCAUGCCUUCCUCCACCAGAAUGAUUCGGACUUGGAUUCCAUUCGCAGACGGCCCGAUCCCCGCCAACAGUCCGUGGGGGAGACCCAGAUCCCCUCCAAACAACAACCAACAGCCACCGUGAUCGACUGGACUUCCCCAUCCACCCGCAAGAGAGAGUAUGAGAAGAUCGACCGUGCCAGCCGCGGCGUGCGAGGGUUCUGGCGCCGUGUCGCUCCCAACUGGUGCCAGACCCAAGAUGCCCGAACCCCCUUCUUCGAGCAAGACAAGGACGGCAGGGGCAAUCACGAGGGCAGCGUGCGACGCUUCCGCAUGGAUAUCCCCGACGAACCGGAGACAGAAAAGUCUCCCGUCAAGCUGGAAGUCAAGGUUGCCGCCACACCACGUUCAGCAGAUCGAACAGACGACCGCAGAAAACGACGGUGGUUCUGCUUAUAAUUUCUUCCUAGCUGUGUCGACUACUAACUAUCGACUCAUCAUUAUCUACUAAAAAGUUUUGUCACGACGUCACGACUUCGACUCAAUACAUCCUUGUAUGGAAGGACACUCAGCACAACUGGCGCAUUGCUGCAUA